GCUAGGAAGCGGCGGGCCAAUCGCUCGACGGCCGUGGGAACGCGGGUCGACGCGCCUCAGAGCUGCAACGCGACCAGCCCCAAUUUUGCUACCGCGCAUCCCUCCCCGCUGCAUCAACCCUAGACGACGACCUCGACACCAACCCCAGACACCAUGGCGCUCCUUACCACGAGUGCGCCCGUCAACUACGACGAGCAGGAGGCCGCCUUUGUUGACUUCCUCAAAAACUACAAAUCAGCCUCUACCGACGCGGCCGAUCAGCUCCAGGGCCUGAAUAUCAGCAGCAAUGGCGAGGAGGAGUACGACAUGGUGGACGACUCGGACGACCCUGCGCCGAAUGGAGCCCAGUCCCGCGGCAAGUCGAAGCUCAAGUACAUGGACCAACUCCAAGACGUAGCGAACCGUGUGCGCGACGAGAUCCAGAUAGACCUCAACGACGUCGAGGCGUACGAGAAGGCGACAUCAGACGACGAGCACAACUACAGGCUGGUCGAGUCCAUCGAGCGCAAUGCACACCACUACAUCGAGAUCUUCUCGCGCGCAGUCGAUAAGUGCCUGCCCGCACCCACCAGAGAACUAGACUUCAAGGACGAUGUCCUGGACGUGAUCAUGACGCAGCGCUCGAAGCGCAACGAAAGACAGCAGGAGAUGCAGGGAGUCGACGACAACGCACAGGCUGCGCCCGAGACCAUGUUUCCCCCUGCCUUGACGAGACGAUACACGCUCAACUUCAGGCCCAGGAUACCGUCUGGUUCCAGCAGCCAGCGCAGCACGAAGGCGCUGGCUGUCCGCAACGUGCGAGGAGAGCAUCUGGGCCAUCUCAUCACAGUCCGUGGUAUUGCAACCAGAGUGUCGGACGUCAAGCCUGCUGUGCAGGUCAACGCCUACUCUUGCGAUCGCUGUGGAAGCGAAGUUUUCCAGCCCGUGACCACCAAGCAGUUCACUCCGCUCGUCGAGUGCCCGUCCGACGACUGCAAGAGCAACAAAACCAAGGGCCAGUUGUUCCUUUCCACGCGUGCCUCCAAGUUCCUUCCUUUCCAAGAAGUCAAGAUCCAAGAGAUGGCGGACCAAGUACCCGUGGGUCAUAUUCCCAGACAAUUGACUAUCCACUGCCACGGCGCGCUUGUCAGGCAGAUCAACCCCGGAGAUGUCAUCGAUUGUGCUGGUAUCUUCCUCCCCACACCCUACACCGGAUUCAAGGCGAUCCGAGCCGGUCUACUUACCGACACAUACCUCGAAGCACAAUACGUCAUGCAACACAAGAAGGCCUACGACGACAUUGUGCUUGCUCAACCAACUCUCCGAAGAAUGAACGAGCUUGAGAGGACUGGCCAGCUGUACGAGUACCUAUCGCGAUCCAUCGCACCUGAGAUUUUCGGUCACGUCGAUGUCAAGAAGGCUCUUCUGCUCCAGCUCAUUGGUGGUGUCACAAAGGAGGUCGGCGACGGCAUGCGCAUCCGUGGUGACAUCAACGUCUGUUUGAUGGGUGACCCCGGUGUGGCCAAAUCGCAAUUGCUCAAGUACAUUACCAAAGUAGCACCUCGUGGCGUGUACACUACUGGUCGUGGUAGCAGUGGUGUUGGUCUCACCGCGGCCGUCAUGCGCGACCCAGUCACCGAUGAAAUGGUGCUUGAAGGAGGAGCUCUCGUCUUGGCUGACAACGGCAUGUGCUGUAUUGAUGAGUUUGACAAGAUGGACGACAGUGACCGAACGGCGAUCCACGAAGUCAUGGAACAGCAAACCAUCUCCAUCAGCAAGGCUGGUAUUACAACCACUCUGAAUGCCCGCACAUCAAUCCUCGCAGCGGCCAACCCACUGUACGGCCGCUACAACCCUCGCCUCUCGCCAAUUGAGAACAUCAACCUUCCUGCUGCGCUUCUAUCACGUUUCGACGUCCUGUUCCUCAUCCUUGAUACCCCUGCGCGAGACUCGGAUGAAGAGCUGGCUCGUCACGUCACCCACGUGCACAUGCAUAACGCUCACCCUGAAGCCCCGGGCGGCAUCAUCUUCAGCCCGGCCGAAGUACGGCAAUGGGUUGCUCGCGCGCGAUCAUACCGGCCGACUGUGCCAAAGGAGGUUUCGGAUUACAUGGUUGGUGCCUAUGUGCGCAUGCGUCAACAGCAAAAGCGCGACGACGGCAACAAGAAGGCCUUCACCCACACUUCGCCGCGUACGCUGCUUGGUGUACUCCGUCUUGCACAGGCUCUGGCACGUCUGCGGUUCGCCGAACAAGUCAUCUCGGAAGAUGUUGACGAGGCUCUCCGCCUUACCGAAGUCAGCAAGGCCAGUUUGUACGCCGAUGAGAACCGUGGGAUUGAUCACACCCCAAGCAGUAAGAUCUACCACCUCAUCAAGUCCAUGGAGGCGAGCGGUGCUGCUGCUGUCGGUGAUGGCACCAGGGGUGAGCUCGAUCUUCGCAGGGUUAGGGAGAGAGUCCUGGCCAAGGGCUUUACAGCCGAUCAGUUCGAGCAGGCCAUUGACGAGUACUCCAUGCUUGACGUCUGGCAAACAACCGGAGAGGGUACAAGGCUUGUGUUCAUCGAGGCUGGUCUGGAAGAUGAGGAUAUGGAUGCCGAUAACGACUUCUAGAGCAUGGGAGGGAAGCGACGGCAGAGGAUGUAGAUGUAUCUGGUUACGGCGUACCAAGGCGUUGGAUAUCCGAACGACGCUUAGCGCGCGUCUAUUUUACUUGCAGCAGCUUCGCAUAGAAAUUCCAAUGAAGCAACGAUGUACA